CGACAACAUGCUGUCGCUCGGGAUAUUUCUCUUCAUACUUUCUGUGGAAGGUGCCCGGCCUUUCAACAUCACACAGCUCAUAGUUCCCCAAGUCGUCCCUUCAAAUCAAGAUGAAGUGGAAAUCGAGUGCCGCUAUGACGCGAAUUUUACCAUUCUCAACUGGUUCAAAGGUCCAAAUGAAUUCUUUCGUUACAAACCAGGUGCUGCGCCUAGCACCCGCUCCUUCCCCAUUCUUGGAGUCGGAAGAGUAGAGAUGUUAGCCUGUGGCCCGACAGUCUGCAGACUCAGACUGGGAUCGUUAACCGAAGAAGCCACUGGAUUAUACAGAUGUGAUAUUGAACGUGAUAUCCCGCCUUAUGAGUUCAAAACUCUUUCCGCAUAUAUGCAAGUACAUGGACAUGAACAUAGAAGACCAUUACUCGAAGGAUUGGCUGAAGAAUAUGGAGACGGAGAUGAAAUACAAGCUUAUUGCAGAGGAGCACCAGAUUCAGAAAUCCGAUGGUACAUCAAUGGUUACGAAAUGGAAGAUAUGAGAGGAUCACUGAAAUUGAAGAGAAAGAGUUCUAGGUUCAUAUUUUUGGGUAUACCUCCCAUGGUUACAGUGCAAUGUGCGGAAUUCAGGUUCGGUAAAUUAUCAGGUUCAAAGGAAGCCAAAGCUCGUUGGAAAGAUAUGAGUAACAAAGAUGAGAGUGCACAGGAACAGAGGAAUUCUGUUAUACCAAAAAAUGCUUCGUAUAUCAAUAGCGCAUGUUUGUAUUUAAUAAGCAUGUUAUGUUUUAUUUAUUACUAACUAAGAUAUAUAUCA